AUGCAGUGGACCCCAGAGCACACACAGUGGGCAGAGCAGCACUUCGACAUCUCCUCCACCACCCGCUCCCCCGCACACAAAGUGGAGUCGUACCGUGGACACCUGCAGAGGACCUAUCAGUACGCCUGGGCCAACGACGACAUCUCUGCUCUAACUGCUUCCAACCUGCUGAAGAAGUACGCUGAGAAGUACUCUGGGAUUCUGGAGGGGCCUGCCGAGAGGGCCCUGCUGUGCUCAUACUCCGAGAGUUCCACUGGACUCAUGAACAGCCGCAAGUCUGAGAAUGAAUCUUGGCAGGAGGGGAUUUACCCAAUGAACUGUGCUCCAGAUGUUAUAUCUGUGAGCAAAGCUGGAAUGACAGCUGCCCUCCCCCCCGCUGAGGUGUCUGUGAGUAUGGGAAGCUCCCCAGGGGUGGUCAGCAGUCUGUCAGAGCCCUGCUACUCCAGCACUAACUGUGGCAGUCACACAGCCACCACACUGCACUCAGCCCUGGCCUCUCAAGAGUACAGCUACAGUGGCUCCUACCUGCACUCCUACAGCGGGCAGAGUACCCCGGCACUGGCCUCCCCUCACCCCUCUCCUCUGCACAGUGCAGGACUGCUACAAGCCCCACCCCCUUCUUUAGUCCCCAGCUACAAUGCUGGCUCGCCGAACUACAAUUACCCAUCAGCAGGCUAUUCCUCUCAGAGUACAGUGGGUCCUGGGUACAGCCCUGGGAGUGUACCCCCUCCUUCCUAUCUGCCGUCCAGUUUAGCAGCACCCACACCCAUCCCUCCGUCCACCCUGCCCGGUUACACAUACCCCUCCCACACCCACACUCCCAUCACACCCGCCCCUCUGAACGGCAGCACAUCGGGCUCAUUAAAGCGAAAGGCUUUCUACAUGAGCGGACAUGGAGAUGUGGACUCCAGCUAUGGUUCUUUCUACAGUCAGCAGCGCUCAGCACACAGCCCUAUGUACAGGGCCCCUGACAGCAGUGUUCCGGACUCCACUCGAGCUAACGCCUUUGACAGGAACACGAGCAAACAGGCUGAUGCUCACAGGAAGUGCAGUGCAGCUCCAGGCAGAGCGAUCACUCCGCCCUCUUAUGGAUGCAGCAAAGACUCAAGCUCAGAGCAGAGAUCUGAGGCCUACAGCUCUGAACUGGGAUCUGCCUCCUCCUCCAUCCACGCUGCAGAGGAGCAGCUGAAGAACAGUGACACCAGUCUGGUGGAGCUGGUAAGCACAGAGGUGCUGCAGCCGGGGCCCCCAGUGGACUGGAGUGACAUUGCAGGUUUGGAGAUGGUUAAAAGCACCAUUAAAGAAGAAAUCCUGUGGCCCCUGCUUAGGCCAGACAUGUUCAGUGGAUUGAGCACAUUACCUCGCAGCCUGCUGCUGUUUGGACCUCGAGGGACAGGCAGGACUCUCCUGGCCCGCUGUAUGGCGAGCCAGCUGGGGGCAGUGUUCCUGCGCCUCAGUGCUUCAGCUCUGGUCACUAAGUGGUUAAGUGAAGGGGAGAAGAUGGUGCAGGCCUCCUUCCUGAUGGCGCGGUGUCGGCAGCCGACAGUGCUCUUUAUCAGUGACAUCGAGCUGCUGCUUUCGCCUCAGCUCAGUGACGACAGUCCAGUCAAAUGUGUGAAGACAGAACUGCUCAUGCAGAUGGACAGUGUGCUGAGCUCUGCUGAGGACCAUGUUCUCGUAGUGUGCUCCACCAGUAAACCUGAGGAGAUCCCUGACAGUCUGCGGCGAUACUUCACUAAGAGAUUGCUGGUGCCUCUGCCUGAUGGCUCCGCCCGACACCACAUCAUCAGCACACUGCUGGCUCAGCACAACUACUGUCUGAGUGACAAGGAGCAGGCACUGCUGGUGCAGAGGACAGAGGGCUUCUCGGGACUGGACGUGGCUCAGCUCUGUCAUGAGGCUGUGCUCGCUGCCUCUGAACUCUCCAACAUGCACCCCAGCCAAAUGAGAGCCGUGGCCUACCAGGACUUUGAAAAUGUCUUUUGCAAGUUUACACCUAACAUAUCUCAGAAAGAACUGGACAUGUACACAGAGUGGAACAAAAUGUUUGGCUGUAGUCAAUGA